CGCCCACGACGAACACAUGGUGACAACUAUACAACGAUACAACGGCACCCUGCAACCAACAGCGAAGCGGCACGAGACCGGAAAGCAUGCAGGUCUCUGCAGCGCCUGACUUCGGGAGUUGGUCAUGCACGUAGCUCUGCAAUCACACGCUACGCUGACGGGAUCGAGAGCGGGCAAGCCUCGAGAUCAGUACGGUGAAAGAGGGUGCAAAGAGCAUAAAGACUCGAGCGAUGCCCACCAACUUGCAACCAAAUCAAAUCCUGUCUCGACUACCCAUCAGGUCAAACAUCCCUUCGGCCCUCCACUCAAAAUGCAACUUUCUCUCGUCUGUGCUUUGAUGGGUGUUGUGUCGAUCGCCGUCGGAGCACCCGUCGAAAAGCUCCCUGUCGGCGUCGACUCAUACUCUACGCGCAGCGCCUGGCACAGACCCCCAAUUUCAGGCCAUGCCGAAGUCGAAGGCGAAGACGAUGCCGUGAAGCGUGCUGCUGAGGCCGAAGAGGCAACCAUCGACUGCUACAGCACGCGCUCGAGAUGGGCCAACGUCAAGAGAGCAUGCGACCAUCCCCCGUCGGAGGAGUAAUGUCGAUUUCAUCCGCAGCUGGGUCGACAGCCGAGAUGGAUCGGGUGACACGAUGGACGAAAGUUACUCGCGGAAGGCUUUGAGCAAUAGGGAAGGAAUUAAUGCGGGCAACUCUCCUUUGUCUGUCUUCUUCAACAAGGACAACAAAUCCACGUUCUUUACGCCCCCAGCGGAACCGAAUGGAAAUGAGCGGAUUUCUU